AUGGCGAGCGGCAAAGAUCAAAAAUGUGUUGCUUUCAAAAAUACCAACGAUGACGCGACUGAGCUGCGUUCAUGCGCGGCGUGUGGGGAGCCAAUCUCGGAUCGGUUUUUUCUCGAGGUUGGCGGUUGUUCGUGGCAUGCCACCUGCUUGCGUUGCUGCAUCUGCCAGUGCCCGCUCGACCGACAACAAUCGUGCUUCAUCCGCGAACGGCAAGUCUAUUGCAAGGCGGACUAUGGGAAACACUUCGGCGCGAAAUGUUCAAAAUGCUGUCGUGGCAUAUCCGCCUCGGAUUGGGUACGACGCGCCCGCGAUCUCGUCUUUCAUUUGGCGUGUUUUGCGUGCGAUCAAUGCGGACGACAACUCUCCACCGGCGAACAAUUUGCUCUGAUCGAUGAUCGGGUGCUGUGUAAGGCGCAUUACCUGGAAACGGUCGAGGGUGGCACCACAUCAAGUGACGUGCGUGAACCCGAAGGAAGCUCAUUUGCCCGCCACAUUAACCUGCAGUUAACGUAUUCAUUUCAGAAUAACGCCCAAAAUCCUAUGCACAUGAAUGGCAAUUCGAAGGGAUUAUAUCCGUCACAUGAAUCCUCCAUGGAUGAACUCUCACAGGACUCCAGUGUGCAUUGUAUGCAAAGUGAAGUGUGACUGGAACAUUUGAACCACCAUUAAAGCGGACUCCAGUCUACGUAUUUUGGUGGCAUCGGAAACACGCAUCUAAUACACACGUAAAAGCGCGUGAUUUGUUUAUAAAAAAAAUACAAAUUAAUGGAAACUAAAGCCCAGUAAUUCAAAUAA